CAGGAGAUGAAUGUGCGCAGCAUGUUUGCCUCUUGCUCUAUUUUGGGCUUAGGUUUUCUCUCUUUUAAAUGAAUUAAGGUAAAUAGACAACCACUUGGACGAUUGUUACAGAAUAAGGGAGAAAGGACAAGCAGAUGUAAUGACACGACAGUGAGAUGAGCAGGAGGGGCUUCUGGGUGCGCGCAUCGCGAAAAGUUUACAGUUAGUAGUAGAUGUCCCUCAGCGAAAGCACACCUGACUGUUUGCAUGUGGAGAUUGCUGUAAAUCUACUUGCCAUACAGUGAUGCAGGCAAGUCAGCGAGUGCGUGUUGUUUGUCUUGUUUAGAUGAACGGAUGCGUAUUAUACGUGGAAAAGCUAUGCAGACGUGACAGAUGUCUCAACAUCAGCUCGGGAGUCUGGAGAGAGGGAGGGAGAUCAAACAGAAGAAAGAACAGCAAUUCAUUCAGCCUUUGAAUAAACAGAAGAGUGAACUGAGUGUUACUAUCAGUCCCUCGGUGAAGCAAAAGCUACAGCAGCUACUUCUAAGCAGGCUGCAUCAAGUUGCACCUCGCGACACUUCUCUACCUACAUCCCUCAGGAAUCAAAAUCAGGAUCUGAUUCGGUCAAAGUGUAUACCCAACACACCUGUUUUCGAGGAGGACAAUCCAUUAAGAAGAUCAGUCUCAGAGCCAAUUCUGAAAGUGAAACCAAGGAGAAAUUUAUACAGCAGACCAAACCCGCUGCAGCGUAAAACCAGUGCGCCACCUGCUGUCAAGGUUUUUGACACUAUGGGUUCAGCAGCAGAUAAAGAAGCAAAGAAUUCUGGCCGAUUGCGACCACAUGAGACAGAUCCUUUGCCGCACAUUUCUGUCCAAAACUUCGUCCACUGGCCUGUCGGGCAGCCUAGUUGGCUCGCCACUCACUUGCAUCCUGAGUUUUUAACUGUACCUCCACAUGGUCAUACAGUUCCUGUGAUACAUCCAGUGAUGUCCCAUAGGCCAUUGGUCAAAACCAAUUCAGCGCCUGAAUACAUCCAGCACACACACAUACACACACAGACUCUUACAAUUACACACCCCACAUAUGAACUUCACUUCUUCGGUGCACAGGAAGGAGUCCAGACACACAAGGCACUUAUUAGAAGCUCAUGUUACAUGUCUCCAGGAGAGGUGUGUAAAAAGGAUGGCAAUUUUGAGACACACGGGAAUAAAGAAGACAGUCUGUUCGAGCCAGUAGAUGACAGUUGCACUAAUCAGGCGGCAUUACAGCAACCAUUUGGAAAGUUUAAACGGCGCUUUAACAAAUCUAUGCCAUCGCGCUUAAGCCCACAGUUGCCCCUGAUUAUCAUGAAUAAACCAAACUACAUCACAGGUUUGGUGUAUGAUGCUCAGAUGCUGAAACACGAGUGUGACUGUGGAGAUAACAGGAAUCACCCCGAACACGCUGGCAGAAUUAAGAGCAUCUGGUCGAGGUUGCAGGAGUGUGGCCUCAGGUAUCAGUGUAAGUUUAUUAAAGGCAGGAUGGCCACUUUUGAGGAACUAGAGUCAGUACAUUUGAAGGAUCAUGUAACUCAGUUCACAGAAACACAGUCACCCAACAAUAUGGAUCCAGAAUUGAUUCAGACACAACCAUGUGGUGGAAAGGGGUGCCAGGAUAUGGUAUGGAAUGGUGCGUCCAGCACAGCAGCACUUAAAACGGCAGUCGGCAGUGUUGUCGAGCUGGCCUUGCUUGUGGCUGACGGACUGCUGAGGAAUGGGUUUGCAGUGGUCAGACCUCCAGGACAUCACGCAGCCCAAGCCCAGACACAUGGCUUCAGUAUAUUUAACUCUGUUGCAAUUGCUGCUAAACAACUUCAGGAGAGAUCUCAUAUGAAAAAGAUUCUUAUAGUGGAUUGGGAUAUUCACCAUGGUAGUGGAACUGAGAAGAUUUUCUAUACAGAUCCUAGUGUGCUAUACAUUUCUCUUCAUCGCUUUGACCAUGGUUCCUUUUUUCCUGGUACGGGACAACCCAAUAUGGUAGGAGAUGGAACAGGGAAAGGCUAUAAUGUAAAUGUGGCUUGGUCUGGUGGGCUGAAUCCUCCAAUGGGUGAUGCAGAAUAUUUAGCUGCAUUCAGGACCGUAGUUAUGCCCAUUGCACAUGAGUUUUGUCCUGAUGUCGUCUUGGUGUCAGCUGGUUUUGAUGCUACUGAAGGACACUCAGCUGCCUUGGGUGGAUACAAAGUUUCGGCUAAAUGUUUUGGGGUCCUGACUCAGAAGUUAAUGGAGGUGGCUGAAGGUCGUGUAGUCUUGGUCUUAGAGGGAGGUUAUGACCUCACAACCCUCUGUGAUGCAUCACAGGCCUGUAUCCAUGCUCUUCUUGGACAUGAGCCUGAGCCUUUAGCUGAAGAUGAAUUACUGAGGAGCCCGUGUGAUAAUGCAGUCAGAUCUCUUGAGGAAGUACUGGCUGUACAGAGGUGCUACUGGCGUUCAGUGAGGUCUAUGUCAGAGACUUUGGCUCUGCCGCAUGUUAAAGCAGAGAGGAGAUACUCGGCAGGCAAUGACGCGGCUCUUGCGCUGGGUGGCCUCACCAUGACCGUUUCAAGAACAAAAUGUUUCUUGAAUGAACCAGUGGAGCACGAUGAAGGUCAUUCAAUGUAGAGGUCAGUCUGUUUCUGACAUUACUGUGCUAGAAGUUUUCAUUUACAUCUGCCAGCAGAUGCACACAGCACCAAAUACAGACUGAACCUAGUAUGACUGUGGAGACAAUCCUAAGAAACUGUAGCCAAAUAAUAAACUUUUUGAGAAUUACUAUUAAGCUUAACUGAGAAAGAGAACGUAUGUCACUGCUAUAAUGAAAUCUUAUUAAGGAUUAAGUUGAGUGCUGGCAAUGUUUUGCUAUACUGACAGGACUUUGCAAUAAUAACUUGCACAUGAAGCCCCUGGGCACACACCGACAGAGAGCAAGCUAAAGUUUGUGAAACAUUCAAAUGUUUUGUUUCAGGUCUUGAUAUGCAGGCCAAACAAUUCAACUGCAGGCAGAUUGACCUCAGUCAGUGUAGUCGCCGUAUACAAUUUGUGAAUAAAAUCAAGGCCAAUUUGUGUCUGAUAGUCAAAAAUAAAGUGUUUAAAGAUCUUAUAAAUAAAUUUUUUUUUUUAAAGUAAAGAUUUGUUGUUAUGUGCUAUUUGGUGGAAACCGGAAAGACAUUAUUUACAACGUUACAACUAAUAAAUAACUUAUUUUGAUUUAAGAUAUGGCGUCAACACUGACUGAAGUCCAUACUGAUGUGUUUUGAAAUGUUUUGAUAAUUGCAUUAAUUAUCUCUAAUAUUCAUUACAAAUGUUAAAGAAAUCCUCAGUUUUUAAUUUUUGGUCAAACUAUAUUUUUGUCAGGAGUAUUUUGUUAGUCCAACCGCACUUUGAACCAAAAUGUAUUUUCUCAAACUGCUCUUGUUAAAAUGCUGAUUUUUAUGUAAAGUCAGGAAGUAAUGGUCUCAGGUCACUUGCAUAAGAUUUUUUUUUAACAAGUGUAUGUAUAAAUGUAAUGAUAAAACUAAUGUUUCUAUAAAGUAACAUCAUUUAAAAUUGAUGAUAUGUGUUUCACGACUGCCGAGUUUUAUAUCUUGCCAUGAUUCAAACUGUUUUUCAAUGCUUUAUUUUUUUAUACUGUUACAAUUCUCAAAAUUAAAUAAUUUU